GUUCUGCGCAUACUAGUAGCGAGCGAGCCUCCUAGUUUUGGUGGACUGACCCCUGCGGCUCAGCUCCUGCGACGACUGGGUGUAUUUUCUGGAAUUUUAAACAAAUUUCGCAUCCUGCAUCAAGACCUGAACCUACUUCCGAAACCAGGAUUCUACAGUAUAGGAAUUAUCCUCAACCGGUUUGCAGAGAGAAGCUACAAGUUCCAGUCGUUGGGACCUGCACAGAUGGAAGAGUACGACUACCCUUGGCGAACCCGCCGUUCGCCUCGCGACGAUUCGAACGCCCCGAACUCCACAUCGACCACCUCCUUUUCAAAUGCCAUGUCGCUCGUAACGCCGCCGCGAAACAACGACCGCUAUCCUCAACAGCAGCAGCAGCAGCAGCACUCGGCCCAGAGUCUGACUUCCGACUUGCGAUCAAACUUGACCCGACGUUUCACCACCGAGUCUGGCAACGUACCAACCAUGUCGUCCAUGAACCUCACGUCUCCCCAGCGAGGUCAGGGCCUCGGAUCGACUCAGGCCAACCGAGAUGCUCAGUACGCCGCGCAGCGUCAGAGCCACAUGUAUACAAAUGGAUUCCCUCGGGCCCAACCUGCCCGCAUCGAUCACGACGACUACGACGGCAUGAGUAGACAUGGCCAGACUAGCCAGGCUAGCCAGAUCGAACAAAGCCGAGCCGAACUCGAACGUAUCCGGGCGCAUCGGCGCAAAUUCGAGCAAGAGAUGGAGGCUCUCGAACAACGGCACCAGCAGGAUCUUCUCCAAAUGACCAGCCGCUACAAUGUUGGGCACCAGUCCGAGCCCACAACGCCUCCCGAGCACAAUGCCAAUAGCGGAUUCCCUUCCAUGUGGUCACGCCCCGCUCGCAUGUCCAUGUCCAACAUGACCUCGCCUCCUGGUUUCAUGAAUCGCCCUGGUCGAUCUGGCUCCCACCUUAUAUCACCCCCUUCAGGCAUGGCGCAAGCUCGAGCUGGCUGGGACAGCGCUCUCCCCUCUAGGUCGGUGCCAACGACACGUAGGAACAGCGACGACGAGGAAAGGGACGAGAAUAUCCGCCAAGAAAUGGCCAACCACCGAGGUUCUCACGCCCAUCGAUACUCAAUGCCUGGUUCCCGACCUCGCAACGGCGUUCAGGACAACGCCGGCCUUGACACCGCGAAUAUCACUCGUUUCUUGUGGGAUGAUGAAGAGGGCGGCGGCAAUUCGCACUACAAUGCCAACGAGAUGGGCUUCCCUACGCUUACCCGCACAGAGGAUCAAAUUCUUUCUGCAUCUUCAGCUGCGCUGGAUCUUGCCCUAUCAUCGUCGCCUAACCCUGAACCAUCUUCGCACAACUGGAGUACUUCGAUUAACCGUCAUCGCCCACAGCAGAGUCUUUCGGCCUUGAACGGACCCUCCUCUUCCGCCUUGGGCACACUCGGUCACCGGCCUGCGUCGCUUCGUCAGUCGCUUGACUUGAACUACAUCGCCGAAAACUCUGAGAACGCGCCCGGUAGCACCACGCCCACUCAAGCAAGCCACACCAUGGCGGCUCCAAGACUCCAGAGCUCGUACUCAUCCAACGAUGUACCAACCGUCAAGAGCCCAACAGGAUCUACUUCCGGCAAUGCUAACAAUCACGCCCAGCAGCAUUUCCACAACCAUAAUGCUAGUAUCGGCCGCAUUCCGACGGGCGUUCUCCCAUCCUCGCGAGGACACAGCCGUCAGCUCUCUCAAGAGACAAACACGAAUGGCAACACCGAGCAGCCGGCAAACACUUACCCAUCCAUCCAGUCGACUCUGCACGCCAACGCGCCCGUCUUUGGACCUGGAUCCGCGACUUCCCAAAACAUGAAUGGGCAGCAAUUGCCUGCUACAUCGCAGGGUCCUAUGCAUCCUGGCUUCCAGCCUUACUACCCCGUCAACCCGUACAUGCCCGGCCUCAACGGUGUCAAUGGCAUGCCCGUCAACUACGGCGCUUCUCCAGCGAAUGGCAACUACAACAUGAACAUGCUUACUGCUGGUAUGCAGAACAUGGGGAUGAAUGGCUCUAUGAACGGUAACAUGAACGGCAUGGCUCCCAUGUACCCUGGCCAAAACUUUGUUCCGCCUUACAAUCCUAUGCCCUACAACAAUGGCAACACCAAUGGCAAUGCGAACAAUGGGGGCAACGCCACCAUGGGGCAGCAAACUCUCCAGCAGCCCCGCGAUAGUCAAGCGCGGGUGAUUUCAAACCGCCGCCAGGCAGACAACGAUGCUAUGAGUCGCUACAGUGGUUUGCCUCUAGAACACUUCCAUGGGCAAAUCUACGAACUUUGCAAAGACCAGCAUGGAUGCCGCUAUCUCCAAAAGAAGCUCGAGGAGCAAAACCCAGAUGCGGUUCAUAUGAUCUGGCUCGAGACGAACCAGCACGUCAUCGAGCUUAUGACCGACCCUUUUGGCAAUUAUCUGUGCCAAAAGCUUCUUGAGUACUGCAACGACGAGGAGCGCACAAUUCUGAUCCAAAAUGCUGCCCAAGACAUGGUUCGCAUUGCUUUGAACACUCAUGGUACUCGAGCGCUGCAGAAGAUGAUCGAGUAUGUCCAAUCUCCUCAGCAGAUUCAGGUCAUCAUCGAGGCACUUCGUUUCCGCGUCGUCGAGCUUAUCCAGGACCUGAACGGCAACCACGUUAUUCAGAAAUGCCUGAACAAGCUCAGCUCCCCCAACUCGCAGUUCAUCUUCGAUGCUGUUGGCGGUAGCUGCGUUGAAGUCGGCACGCAUCGCCAUGGCUGCUGCGUACUGCAACGUUGCAUUGACCACGCCUCUGGCGAGCAGAAGCUCUGGCUCAUCCAACGCAUCACAGAACACGCUCGAGUCCUUGUCCAAGACCCAUUCGGCAACUAUGUUGUGCAGUACAUCAUCGACCUUGGCGAGCCUACCUUCACGGAGCCUAUCGUCGCCACAUUCCAGGGUUGUGUAAGCCAGCUGUCCCGACACAAGUUCAGCUCCAACGUCAUGGAGAAGUGCUUGCGUUGUGCCCUGGCCCCGUCCAAGGACAUGAUUGUCGAGGAGAUGAUCAGUGCUCAGGAAAUUGAGCGCCUCAUUCGCGACUCCUACGCCAAUUACGUCGUCCAGACGGCGCUUGAGUACGCAACGCCAUCUCAAAAGCACCGCCUGGUGGAGGCCAUUCGCCCAGUAUUGCCCUCUAUUCGCAACACACCAUACGGACGUCGCAUCCAGGCCAAGAUAUCCACUUACGAUGGCCGCGGCAGCGUGACCGCCUCCGGCCAAGCUACACCGGCAGAUAACACGCAGGGCCAGAUUCCUCUCCGCCCCGCCCACCAAGCUCGAGGCCCGGCCGUAAAUGGAGGAGGAUCUGGUCACCCGUCCCAGACUGGAAGCCAGGUUCUCGAACAGGCUUUGAACGCCUACCAGAACUCGGGUGCCCAGCAAUCUCCCGCCAAUGGCCAUGGCAAUAACAACAACAACAACAACCAGGGUCACAUGAACGGCAAUAUGACGCAGCCUCCCUCGGACCAGCAAGCUCAGCAGGGUAACGGGGGCCCCUGGAUGUAAAGUGCGCUGCCGUAUCCUACCGACAUUGGUAUGAUCACUGUACAACAACAAAAUCUCAUUCGUUCUGUCAUGGGUGGCUGGUUUUGACGCAGCACGAUAACGACACCACGACGAUCUUACGAAUUUCCUUGCUGUACACUUGCAUCGAACCUUCGGCCACUGUGGGCCGUGCUAGCACGAACACUUUUCCUUUGUUUUCGCGCAUUUCACCGCAUCGCCUGGUAUUUCGCCAAGGACAGGAGUUUUUAAAGAAGGUGCCCUCACUACUGUUGGCGCUCACGCGUCAACGAUUCAGGCUGAUGAUGUCUACGGGCGAUGCAGUCUGUCUCAUGGACGCAAUGAACGCU